UCUUGGACAGUAGUGCACUGGGGCUAUGUUGUAGUUUGCAGGAGCUACAUUGAGCAGGACGUGAAUUGAACUACUCGCCUUGCUUCCUGUCUGACGCCUUGUUCUGGUUUUCUGCUAAAACAAAACUCAACAUGGUCCAGCGAAACUAACCCGUUGCCCGGUGUUGUUGGAGAUAAAAGGCGCUCACCGUGAUGCUUCCUCAGGUAUAAAGACUGAACUGGCUGACAUACAAUCCAACCGAUUCUGCAACGUUUGGGCCGAGGAGUGAAGCACAUUCCUGAAGGAGUUGAGGGCUGCUGUCUUAAGCUUAUGAGAAACCAGCCGGCUCACACCAUGCCCGUCAAGAUGGCCGCCACUUUUUCUUGCCCUCACUGGAACGGCUUGGGACAAGGAUGUUUUUUGCCAUGGUGAUCAUUUUCAAGAAAACACUGGAAAAGAAGGGCGCCGACGAUGUAGCAUCCAAAAGUACAGAUUUGGGCCCGUUCCAGGCACAGACCAUGAGCCAGGGGACUGCACUUUUCUCUUGUGGACUCAUGGAGACAAGCCGGUGGCGUAAGUUGGGUCACAGCUGUGCCAUACAGCAGAGGCCAGUUGGGACCAGCUUGGAGAGCCUGUGGGACGUCCUGCCUGAGGUGCACAAGAGUUCUACCCACUGGGAUUGGGAUGUUGGCUCCACUUCGACCACAAUCACCAGCUUGUUGCAUGACCUCAGUCUGACUGAGGCUGCGUCGUCGCACUCCACUGCACCUCCUAGCAAGCGGCAGUGCCGGUCCCUUUCUUGCUCAGAUGAGCUCGGUAGUUGCCGGUCUACCUGGCGCCCUCAGGGCUCUCGGGUGUGGACAACGGUGGAGAAGAGAAGGUGCCACAGCGGGGGCAGCGUCCAGCGCGGCGGCGUUGGGAACGCGCCGCUCGGCUUCCCGGCCAUGCAGCGCAGCUCCAGCUUCAGCCUGCCUGCCCGCUCCAACACCCUGGAGCUGCCCUGCUUCUCCCAGCAUAUCCCCUGCCCCUCUGCCUUCACCGGUCUGACGCCCACAUCCUCCAUGAUCCUGUCCUCUAAGCCCUCAGCACAGCCCCUCUACCUCUCUCAUGAACAGAUCUGCCUCCCUGAGCCUCGUGGACCCUCGCCGCCCAGCUCCCCUGACUCCACACCAGAGCUGGAGCGCCGUGGUGGACCAGGGGGUCUUGCCCGUAGUCGCUCACAGCCGUGCGUCCUCAACGACAAAAAGACCGGUGUGAAGCGCAGAAGACCAGCUGACACACAGAAACAGAGGCCUUCUCUGGACCUCGCCAAGAUGACCCAGAAACUUCGGAAUUUCCACAGCCUUAGCUGCCCUGGAAUCACAGGAGAAGACCGCUAUGCAUCAAGCCAGGCCCUCCCCACUCUCAGGAGCACCGCUCAGUGUGACACUGACGACUCGUCGGCAAAUGAACGCGACCUGGACGUUCAGCAUCAGACCAAAGAAGGCGAGAACGUGCCGUCAGACGCCGCCAUCGAGGAGGUGGACUGGAUGCCAGGGACGACCAAUGGGAAGGACAAUCAGCCUCUGUGGGCGGGGCUGUGUAGCAUGAGGAAGGACGUGUAUCAGCUUGGAGGCGAGCUCGACAUUGAGCAAAUUGAGAGGAACUGAGCUGGACCGUCUUCCUCCCGGGGGACGCUAAUUUAGGGGACUGAAAGUUUAUCACCAGGUGGUACAGUAAACAGUACUGAUAAGUCUUAAGGACAAAGCAAGUGGCAAGCUAAUGUAGUAAGCGUUUCAGCACUUGUUUUUUUUUCUAAAGGAGAGAUUGAGCAGCAGCUUUGUGGGCUGAACACUCAUUUUUGGAGGUUUUGUGUAGUUAGAAGCUAAACCCACACUGUGCAUUAUCUCAACUGUGUCUCAGGAGAACAAGGAAGUCGGGGAGGACAGAUUCGGGUGGAAAUAAUAGAACUGAUAAAUAUAAGAAUGAUAUUAGAGUUGGCUCAGAGACUGGGGUCUUUUUACAUUUAUCUGUAACCCUGAUCACCUUCAUUGUACUACAUUUGGAGAGAAUUGACAGCAGGUUUGUAUAAAUUCUCUGCACUAGAAAAUGUCCAUUCCUCUGACGUGCUUCAAUAGUACGAUGGACAGAAAUGAAGACUACUUUAAGAGCUACUGUUAGUAAAGCCCCUUUCACUCUUACUGAGCAACAAGCUACACACACACACACACACACACACACACACACACACACACACACACAUAAAGUAUAUUGAAGAGCUUAACAUUUCACACAGUAACAUCCAGCUUCUCUCUGAGAUCUAUGCUCCCGUUUGUGUGAGAGAAACUUUGUAAUAGGGUUAAUAUUUUCUUUUUACGAUUUGUAACUACAAAGGUAUGUAAAACAUGAGCAUAUUUCUAUACAAAUAAAACACAGUUUUAAAUGUGUAA